AUGAGGUUCGGUCGACAUAUCGAGACAGUUGUUGAAAUCUCACGCUCAACGCGAUCGUUGCCAAUGGCACUGCUCGCCACGACUUUGUGUGAACUUAUGAAAGGUAUCGUCGUCGGAAUGUUGUGGAUGCAAAAUGUACAUCUUGGGGUCCCACCAGGGGAACUCGUAAAGAAGAUAAAUCCCGAGUACAGAGCGAUGUUCUUUAAUAGCAAAGGCGGGCCACAGAAGAUUAAAAGCCCCCCAUUUUUACUAUCAGCUUGUUCCAGGACAAUCCCUGCGUACAAAUUACGAUUGGGAGCGUUGGCGCGGUCCGGUUCCUCCGUGAUCACGUGUUGCAUUGCCGUAGAUUCCCGCUUCGUAGCCACAGCCAAGACCAUCAGUAGCCAUUCCCGAUUCCCUCUCUUGGACCUAGCAAUAUGGUUCCACGAGAAUGAAGGGACAUUUGAAGCCAUGUUUUAUAUGAUCCCGGAUUCUUCAUACAAACAGAUGUUCAUUGAAUUUCUGAAGUGGAUGCUCAGAUGGCUUCCGGAGGAACGGGCGUCCAUCGAUGAGCUUCGCGGUGAUCCAUAG